GAGCUUCAGCAGCAGAGAUCUGUGCAGAGUGGAGCAGCUUUGAGCACAUCUGUAUUUUGCUUCUCUAGCAUCAGAAACUCCAGAAAUGGCUUUACACCAAGAGUUUGAGAAUGCUGGCAAGACACCAGGGCUGAUGGUGUGGCGUAUUGAAAAAGGCGAUCUGGUUCCUGUUCCAAAAAACCUGUAUGGAAACUUUUACACCGGAGAUGCCUAUCUUCUGCUAUACACAACACCAGGUUUUUCUUACAGGAUCCACAUGUGGAUCGGAAAAGAAUGCUCUGUGAAUGAAAGAGGGGGUGCUGCCAUUUUUGCUACUCAGAUGGAUGACCAUUUUGAUGGCAAACCAGUGCAGCAUCAGGAACCCCAGGGCAAGGAAUCAACAACUUUUCAGAGCUAUUUUCCAAAUGGACUCAAAUACAUGGAGGGUGGUGUAGAUUCUGGAUUUCAGCAUGUCGUCACUAAUCAGAUGGAUAUGAAGAGGCUCCUACAUGUUAAGGGCAGACGAUUUCCAAGAGCCACUGAGGUGCCUUUCAGCUGGGCCAGCUUUAACCAAGGAGACUGCUUCGUCAUUGAUGCAGGAGCAGACAUUUAUCAAUGGAUUGGGUCAAGCAGCGGUUAUACAGAACGUCUGAAGGCCGGCCAAAUUGGUAUGCAUAUUCGUGACAACGAGAGAGGCGGACGUGCCAAAUUUCACUCUGUGCAGGAGGAUUCUGAAGGUGACGACCUUAUUAAAUUGCUGGGGACCAAACCAAAGAUUCCUUCAGAGUCGGAUUCUGAUUGUGAAGCUGAUAUGGCCAACAGGAAAAAAGCCAAACUCUACAUGGUUUCUGAUGCCAGUGGAAAAUUAAAAUUAACUGAGGUGGCAUCUCAGAAUCCAUUCAGCAUGACUCUGCUUUCAACCAGCGAAAGUUACAUCCUUGACAAUGGGCAAAAUGGCAAGAUAUUUCUGUGGAAAGGGAAGGGUGCGAGUGCAGAAGAACGGAAGAAAGGACUGAUUAUAUGCAAUGAGUUUAUAACAACAAAGAAUUAUCCAAACGACACUCAGAUUGAGGUGGUUCCAGAAUAUGGUGAAACUUCACUGUUCAAGCAGUUCUUUAAUGAUUGGAAAGAGAAGGACCAAACCAAAGGACUGGGCAAAGUCUACACCAUUGGUUCCACUGCUGUCAUUCAGCCAAUUCCUUUUGACAUAUCUAAGCUGCACGGGUCCCAAACAAUGGCGGCUCAACAUGGAAUGGUAGAUGAUGGAUCAGGAACUAUUCAGAUUUGGAGAAUUGAAGGCAAUGCUAAACAACCUGUGGACAGUUCUUUGGUCGGUCAGUUCUUUGGUGGAGACUGCUACAUUAUUCUGUACUCUUACCUGCUGAACAAUAGUCGCAGGCAUAUCAUUUACACCUGGCAGGGGCUUAAAGCGACACAAGAUGAAUUGGGAACAUCGGCAUUCUUGACUGUCCAACUUGAUCAGGAAAUGGGAGAUCUGCCAGUUCAGGUACGUGUCACACAGGGUCAGGAGCCUGCUCAUCUGAUGAGUUUGUUCAAAGGUAAACCGAUCAUUGUGCACAGCGGGGGAACCUCCAGGAAGGGUGGCCAAACCGCUCCCGCACCAGUUCGACUUUUCCACAUUCGGAAAACCUCAAACGGAGCGAAUAGAGCUGUUGAGGUAAAUUGUGAUGCAGAGUCGCUGAACACUAAUGACUCGUUUGUGCUGAAAACAUCAAAGCAAACCUAUAUCUGGAAGGGUGUGGGCGCCAGUGAUGCUGAGGUAGAUGCUGCAAAGUAUGUAGUCAGUGUGCUCGGCGGGAGUGAAACAGUUGUCAAAGAAGGAAGUGAACCAGGUGACUUCUGGCAGGCUCUUGGUGGUAAGAAGAAAUACCAGACAUCUGUAGCCCUCAGCAAAGAAACUCCUACUCACCCAAUUCGUUUGUUUGGUUGCUCAAACAAAACCGGUCGUUUCACUAUUGAGGAAGUUCCAGGUGACUUCACACAGCUGGAUUUGGCAGUUGAUGACGUGAUGCUGUUGGACACUUGGGAUCAGGUCUUUCUUUGGAUUGGCAAGGAUGCAAAUGAGGUGGAGAAGUCAAAAUCAGAGGAAUGCGCCAGAGAAUAUAUAGCAACAGACCCCCAAGGAAGAGACAAAGGGACCCCGAUUGUUAUUGUUAAACAAGGAAAUGAACCGCCAACAUUUACAGGCUGGUUCUUAGCUUGGGACCCAAGCAAGUGGGAUUUGAGCCCUCUGCAAAAAGCCAUGGCUAAGCUCCAAAGUCACUGAGAUACUUUCAUGAAAAGACAUUGAUUGCACUGUACCCUAUUUGCAUGGCUUAGCUGAAAAGCAGUGCAAUUGAUGAAUCCAGUUUCCUAUUGGCAGUAAAAAAAAAUUAGUAACGUUUUAGGGAUUUUAUGAGACUUGAAUGAAUUAAUGUUUCUAAUGCCUGAUGCAGAUUCAACGCUUUAUUAAAAUAUAUUAGGUUGAGCACAUAAUUGGGUUUCAGAGUCCCAAGGUUCCUUUCAAAAUAUUUUUUACNUUUUUCUCUUUCUCUGCAAAUUUGCACCAGACAUCUCUUGAUAACUUAUGUUUUUCACUUUAAACUUAGUGUCACGGUUUUGACUUGUGGGGUACAGUCAGGUAGAAAGCUUGAGCAGGUUUACUCAAUUGCAUUAAAACGAUAAUAUGUGGCCUUCAUUGCAGACUCCAGGUCACCAUACAGUGCAAUACUUGAACGCUUUUAAACACAAAUUAUUGACCUUGAUACUUUGAACAAUAAAGAGUGGAAAGUUGAGGAAAAUCUUAUGAAAUGUACACAAAGUCAAUUGGUUAGAGAGAGCUUUUCUACAUACAGUAAGUGCCUGGCUUAGAAGUCAGUUCUUUUAAAGAAAAUAUUGGAAACUAUUUUCCAAGUUAAGACUGAACUUAAGAAUUUUCCACACUUCUUGUGAUCUUAAAAUUUUUAAGAGAAAACCUUCAUUCCUGGGUGGAAUUUUAAGCCUAUAUGAUACUGCUGAGAUGAUCAUUCAAAUACAAAUCUGCUAAUGUUCUAGUCCGUUUAUAACCCCAGAUUUGAAAGAUGUUAAACAAUUUUCUGCUUCUUCUUGCUGCUUCUUGAAGCGCAGUUCAUGUAUUUCACCGUCAUAUAUGCACAGGCCUGAUGGAGAUCAUUGCACUGCUGUUUCUCUCACCCAAUUUGUAUUUUUGGCUUCUGCCAAAAGGACAUUUAGCUAUGGAUGUUAGCGAGGCUUGUGCUGUGCUAAAUUGAUUAGCUUUUUUCAAGAAAGGAUCCUAUUGCAUUGCUUUCAGAUUAAUGCAUAACUCUUAAAGCAUUACGUGUUUGUGGAAUUGGUUUUAAUAAAUGUUUGGGAUUUGCAAAA